AGUUUGUCCUACUCGGCUUGCCGUCAUUCGAGUGAAGCUUUGUGUGUGGUAGCUUGGAUGUAUUUGUUUAAUAUACUUUUUUUUAAUAGUAAAUAAGACCAGUCUAGCUAGUUUCACCUCGUCCUGAAGUAGAAAUGCGACAUUAGCGAGCUGUAAAAUGGCCAAUGACCGGUUACGGGCUCUGGAGGAUGUGGAGAAGGAGAUCGCUGUGGUUCUUCAGUGUGCAGGAAACAUAGUGCUGGAGUUGUCCAAGGAGAAGCAUAACGCAAGUUUAUUAGAUCGGCAGCUCAAUCAGUUUCAGACGUCCAUUAACAGGAUUGAAAGUGAACUCAGCUCUCAGAUCCGCUAUCUCACACAGGUGGCGACCGGUCAGCCUCAUGAAGGCUCAACAUACUCAGCACGAAAGGACUGCCAGAUGGCCCUGAACCGUGCAGAAUACGCUCGUGUCAAACUGGGAGAACUGAGACGCACCUGUGAGAUGAUGCUCGAUCCCCAGACGGGAUGUACCUGAUGAAUUCAUUUUUUUUUUUUAAAGAAACGUAGUAGCAUCACAUCUAGAUUUAGCCAGUCUUAAGACCGUCUUGUUGAAGACGUUUGAAUCUCGGCUUUGUGAGAAAUCUGACUUUUGUGAAGUAUAAAGGAAAACUUUUUGAAUUGAAUUUUUACUGCUUUCUACGAAGUUAAGGUUUUUCUAGUUGAAGCUUUUUCCUGCAUAAAUACCUUGUAUAAAGAAAACAACUUGCUUUUGUAAGUGACCGUUAUACUUCAAAGACAGUGGAAAGACAUGUUUCACUGUCUUAACAUGGGGCAGCCGUGGCCUGAGGUUGGACUGAAGUGCCCUUGAGAAAGGGCACCUAACCCACAAUCGCUCCCCAGGUGCUGUAGCAUAGCUGCCCACUGCUCUGGGUGUGUGUGUGCACGCGCUCACGUCUGUGCUCGAGUAUACGUGUGAUCAAUAAAAGCUUUCUUGGUAA